UUAUUGCAAAAAUGCGGACUUUAAUAGGAUCGCGGAAGUAGAUGCGAACUACAAGUCCCGCGCCGACGCCGUGGCGAACUCGAGGCAGUGUAAACAGUGCUCCAGGAACAUGAAGAGAUCGGAUGACAGUGAGAGGGAAAAGAGGAGAAAGAGGCGUAGGCUCCUACAGGAACUUGGCGAGCAGAAGAUUCCCUUCCUGUCUCCCUCAGAUCCCGGCUUCCAGAAGCUAUGGGACACCAGUUAUUCGGGACUGAUGCUGCGGUGCGCAGGCAGCCUUUCCCCGGGCCUGGACGAGCGUGUUCAAUCCGCACUGAUCACUCUGCGUGACCGAGGCUGCCUCCUAAGGGAUCUGGUGCGCGUGCGAGAGCGUGAUGUGUUCACGGCCGUGUCGCGUGCUCUCGUUGGCCAACCCGGUUGCACCUACCGCUACCUGGACACUCGUCUCUUCACCAUCCCCUGGCACUGUGAGGAUGACGAGGGCUUGGGACGGAAUGAAGGCCACGGAGACAAACCCUGCUGUGACGCCAGGCUGCGAGCUGCCUGCAAAGCCUUAUGGGAGUUGAACCAGUUCUUCUGCUCGGACGUGCAGCAGCAUCAGAACACCCGGGCCAGCAAACGCAAGCGCAGUGAAGAGGAAGAAGGAAAGGAAGAGACCAAACGUGAAGGAUGUUCUGAAGAUCGAACAUGCGAAGAAAAGGAAGACAAGAAGGCGGGAGAAGAUUCGGAUAGCGGACAGGGCUGCUCUCGCUCGUCUCCUCAUUCUUCCAAAUCCGGCCCGAUCCGGUUUAACAUCACUCUCAUUAACUACAUGGACCCGGCCGGCAUGAGCCAGCUGAAGGAGGAGCCGUACUACGGCAUGGGGAAGAUGGCGGUCGGGUGGCACCAUGACGAGAAUCUCGUUCCUCUUUCACCUGUCGCUGUUUAUAGCUACAGCUGCCCGGGAGAGAGCAAGACUGAAGUAAAGCCAGAGAAGAAAGAAGGACAGACAUCAAAUGAAGGAGAGAAAGGAGAUGGAGAAGGAGGGAGCCAAGAAGAAGCGGAAGAAGCAGGGGAGGAGGGGACGAGUCAAAAGGAAGCAGAAGGGAAGAAAGAGAAGGUGUGCUGGCGUGUGGGCUUGAAGGUGGCCUGGGACAUCCACACACCAGGGUUAGCGCUGCCACUGCAGUCUGGAGACUGCUAUUACAUGACAGAUGAUCUGAACAGGACACACCAGCAUUGCGUACUUGCAGGAGAUGCCGCCAGAUUCAGCUCGACACAUCGGGUUGCACAGUGUACAACAGGAACGUUGGAGUACAUCCAGAAACGCUGCUCUGAAGCUUUGGAGAACUUGCACACAGAUCCUGAAACUGGCACUAAGAGUCUGCGCUCACUUCUCCUCUCCACCUUACAGCACAUAGAGGACAUCCAUAAUGAGGUGGAGUUUGAAUGGCUGAGGCAGUAUUGGUUCCAGGGUCGGCGUUAUGCUCGCUUCUGCAGCUGGUGGAGUAAACCUAUGGAGCGUCUGGAGACUGACUGGAAGCAGAUGGAGAGAAUGACUGAGCUGCUGCUGGCGGUGGUGGAGGAUGAGAGCAAUGUUCAGGAGAACAGACAGGAGAUGGCCGAGACUCUGCUCAACGCUCUGAGUGACAGACAGCAGCACAGGCAGACCUGGAGAGACAGAUGCCAGUCGAGCCUGGCACAGACUCUACCCCCUGAAGAAGCACCUGUCGAUCGACCAUAUUGGAGCAGCGACGACCCAGACAUGCCCCUACCUUUUGACCUCUCUGACAUCAUCAGCCGGGUGGAGUCACUCCUCUGGAGGAUGUAAAGAUUUUGUCAAACCGUUAAAGAGAGAGGCAGAUGAAAGACAGAAAAUGAUUGAGGUAUCAUGAAGAAGUGGGCACAGGUGGCACAAAAACUGCACUUCCCUGGGAAUGAUCACUCGCACACAUACAUGCGCAUACACAUACACUAACAUAUACACACACACAUAUAUACACAAACGCACGCACAAAGACGGGAGUCUCCACCGCCAGAUCGAUGAACGGAUGGAAAAGAAGAACGGAACUGCGACGAGACUCGGUUCUUUUUAAUCUUUCUCAUAUCUUCCUUCAUGGUCGUUUAAUGUCUAGUGUUACGAUGAAGAAUGCAUUUAAGCAUUUCAGCAGUAGCUUUCAGAAACCUAGUCAUCCAGCUGUGUACGAUUUUUUUCAUGUUCACCUUGUGUCUCUUAACAAGCCGUGUCUGUCCUGCAUUACACAUACAGUAUACACCAUGCACUCCACAACACACUUAUUACUAGUUAUCUGAAGAUACAGAGCCACCAGGAUGGAGGGAGGGCAUGUGACUGAUGUCUAAAGAUAUCAUUAAGUGUCAUGGCAUGCUGUAGCUUUUAGUUUUGUGUGUCAGUAUUGUUGAUGACAAUUGUGUGUUUGCUUCUGUCUGCAAGUGUAGGUGUAUGUGAACAUGCCUGGAAGAGAGUGUAUGUUUGGGUGUUUAUGUGUGCAGGUGUGUGUGUGUGUGUGUGUUUGUGUGUGUUUAGGAUAUUACUAUAAAGUACAUCUCCGAGUGUGCACAGGGGUCUGUGGAUGUGAUAAUUAAUUGCGUGUAUGUGCGUGGCAGUGUGUAUGUUCACAUUUACUACUUUUCGUAUUGAUUUCAUCUCAACUUGUGUGUGUAUAUGUGAGUGUAAAACGAAAUCCUUUUGAUAAAGCUAUGUCUGCAUAGUUUAAAAAAAAUAUGGAGACUGACUAUGACUGACAGGCACAGGCCACACCCCUUUUUCCUUGGACCAACAUGAAAAGACAGGUACAAAAACGGCGCGUGAUGAAUUUUGAAUACUUUUCUGGCCGUAGGCUUCAUUGGAAAAGCACUGCAGCAUGCUUAAUACUUCAGAUGCAGGAUGCAAUUCCUGGACUCUGAAAAGUUUUUGAAACUGGUGGUUUCUGGAUUUAUUAACAAAAUGAUAUCAAAAAACAAAGCUAGUGAAGCUGGAGGUCUGGAUUUCAAGGCUGAAUAAUCUGAAAUGUUUCAAAAAUUCAAAACGGUGAAUCUUUACACUUCUCUUUUUUCCCCGAAGGUAAAAUGUUUAUAAGACCUUUCAUUUUAAACCAUGUGAACAUAGCUGAGUGGGUUUGUGUAUGCAAGUGUGUGUGUGUGUGUGUGUGUGUGUGUGUGUGUGUGUGUGUGUGUGUGUGUGUGUGUGUCCUCCCAGGCUGAUUAGUGUUGAUAGGCAGCUCGGACUGAAUCCUUCACUUCCUGCUUUUGCGUAACUCCAACAGCCUGUCCACUUGCUUCCUCUCUCUCUCUCUCUCUCUCUCUCUCUCUCUCUCUCUCUCUCUCUCUCUCUGCUCUUUCUUCUACCGGCUGAAGAAGGAACACAAUCAUCUCCACAAAACUAAAAACCAGAGACACAUUGCACUAACCCACGGUGAAAUGAAUGAAGGAUGGAAGGAGAAUAGUGGAUAUCCUGUAGAGGAGAGAAGCACAAGAAAGAAAAGCGCUAGAACACUAGCUGAGAAUGAACGGAAGAGGAUGAUUGUUGAAGCCAAGCAGCCUUUCUUUCUUUCUUUCUUUCUUUCUUUCUUUUUUGUGUUGUUUUUUAAAGCUUUUUAUUCUAUGUCAUCAGUGUUACAGUAGAUCACCUGUAUUAUGAUCUUUGAUUCAGAGGCUUAAAAUGUGUUUUAUACUUCCGAGGUUUUAGAGUUGUUGCCAAAUAUUGUGUUGCUGCGAUAAUGCUGUAUUGAUUGUAUCUAUUUUUUUUGUGUGUGUUUAUUUUUAUUUUUAUUUCCUUUUUGUUUUGCUUUCUGUGUUGUACCAAAUUCUUUCUUUAGUGCUCAAGGCCUACUGCAUUUCUUAAUGCAUUGUGUGUGCAAAGCACUAGUUAUAAUAGAAAAUAAAACAAAACAAAACAAAGA